UAAGUUCGCUGAUCUCUAGUUUUCACUUAAAUUUCCUCCCUAAAAAAUUAUUCUUUGAGUUCGCCGUACAUUUUUUGGCAAAAUGAGAGAUUUCAUUACAAAGUGCAAUGGGUGACGCAAAAAACAAGCCCUUAUAUGAGUCUGUAGAUGGAAAUAUAAGAGGAAAAAACGAAAACGCUAAAAUAAAAUUGUUCUGGUCCUUAACCCCUUAAGGACUGGGGUUUUUUCCGUUUUUGCAUUUUCGUUUUUUUGCUCCUAUGGGCUGGGGUAAAGCGCGUCUUGAGUUGCAGUAAUAUCUCAGCAGUGGGAUCUGACAGAGGACUUCAGCAAUGUCUGGAACACGUGACUCGGGGUUUACCCCCAUGGGAGGUAUGAGGGCAGAAUAUAGGGCUGUAAUCUCCUCAGUGAGGUCAGAGGACACAGGACCUCCAGAGCCAGACUACUGACUGUAAGGAACGUCUUCCCUAUCCCAGAGGGGUCGGGCGGCAACAAGGAUAACGCUACUGAUUGGCUGCAGAGAACAUGUGACAUACUGUAGGGGAUGUCUUCCCUAUCCCAGAGGGGACGGGCGGCAACAAGGAUAACGCUACUGAUUGGCUGCAGAGAACAUGUGACUGACAGUUGGGAAUUUCUUCCUUAUCCCAGAGGGGUCGGGCGGCAACAAGGAUAACGCUACUGAUUGGCUGCAGAGAACAUGUGACUGACAGUUGGGAAUUUCUUCCUUAUCCCAGAGGGGUCGGGCGGCAACAAGGAUAACGCUACUGAUUGGCUGCAGAGAACAUGUGACUGACAGUUGGGAAUUUCUUCCUUAUCCCUGAGGGGUAGGGUGGCAACAAGGAUGGCUUUCCUGAUUGGCUGCAGGAGACAUGUGACUGGCAGCUGGAAUUUUCUUCCCUAUCCCAGGGGAAUAAGGUGUCAAAAAUGCUGACUUCUCUGAUUGGCUGCAGAGAACAUGUGACUAUUCUCCAGCUGUUACAGGGCGACUAUACAUGUUUGGAACAGAAUGGAGACAAUGGAGAGGGCAGAAACCAUCUUGAAUCACACCCUGGAAAUUAUCUGCCUCCUGACUGAAGAGGACUACAUUGUGGUGAGGAGAGAGGCCGACGGAAACAAGUGCAGUUACAGCCUCUGUGCUGCGGAAGUUCAGGGAAGUCCUUCAGCGUUGCGUCCGGAUCUCUCGUUCACCCUCCUCGGACUGAAGGAUGGAAAUCAGAAGAAGAUCCUGGAGUUGGCCAAUAAAAUUAUCCAGCUGUUGGCACAUGAGGUGGGGAAUCGGGGGGAGAUGGUCAAAAGAACAUUCCAAAGGGGGCACCCAGUUCCCCUAAAGUGUCAAGAUGUUGCGGUUUAUUUCUCCAAAGACGAAUGGGAAUAUCUGGAAGGUCAUGGAGAACAUUAUAACUUUAAGCAAAUGGGGGAAGCCAAAGAAGACCCUCCUGCCAUGGACCCCCAGGACACAGACCAGAAGAGCCCCAUCCAUCUCCGUAUAAAAGAGGAGCCAGAGACAGAAGGAUUUGAGGAAGGUCAGCCUGCGGUUCCUAAUGGCUGUAUCACUGUAUGUCACGUGAAAUCUGAGCAAGACGACUCCAAUGAGGGGACAGCAGACGGACGUACAGAUUCUCCUCCGUUUCUUUCUUCUGCUGUAAGUCACAUCUCCGAGGACCCUGAUGAAGCCCAUGACAUUCGACUUUCAGCACUAGAUAACAACUUUAUAAAUGACGAGACCAUAAAGUCAGAAAUUAUCUACGAAAUAACAGUCACCAACGAAAGAAGCCGAGAAUCGAGGUCCGGAGGGAGCGCGUUUUCGUGCCAACUAUGCGGGAGAAGCUUCGCCAACAAGGCCUCUCUCACGCGUCACAUGACAAUUCACACCGGGGAAAAAUCGCUUUCGUGCGACGUGUGCGGGAAGAGGUUUUCUUGCAGAAAUCACGUGGAAGCCCACCAAAGAAUCCACACCGGGGAGAGACCGUUCUCCUGUGCAGAGUGCGGCCGGAAAUUCAUCAACCAUUCCCACCUCGUGCUCCACAGGGUGGUCCACACCAAGGAGAAGCCGUUCACGUGUCCCGUCUGCGGCAAGGGCUUCACUAGGAAAUCCAGCGUCAUCAAGCACUCCGGCAUCCACGCCGAGAAGAAGCCGCACGUGUGCAAGGAUUGCGGAAAGAGUUACUGCCAGUAUGCCAACUUGGUGGUCCACCAACGACUGCAUUCGGGAGAGAAGCCGUUCACCUGUAGACAUUGCGAUAAAGGGUUCAUAUUAAAAGCCUCCAUGCUGAGGCACGAAUUGUCUCACACUGGGGAGAAGCCGUUCGCCUGUCCCAUGUGUGACAAGUGCUUCUUCGACAAUUCCACCCUCAACAAGCACAAACGUGGAGUCCAUGACAAGGAGUCCAAGAAAAAAGUCCUAGUAGAGACGGUGGAUGCGGACUAGAGCCACUGCCGCUGUUUCGUUAGGAUGGAAUAGACGUAUGUGGCCGUCUCAUAGGUGAAAUGACUGCUCGCUUUGGAGGUCCUGGAAAACCGGAGAAUCCUGGAGAUCGGAGACUUGAUGAUGGGUUGCAGCAGUAGACUAGAACGUCUGGUUGGGGGGAGCAGCUUAAAGGGGUUAUAAAAUAUUAAAAUCAACUGUUGGCUGAAAGUUAAACUUAUUUGUAAAUUAGGACAAAUAAAGAAGGACGUACGUGCACUCAUCGGAGAUAGCUGUGUAAUGGAGUCUGGUUAGCGAGAAGCUGGAUCUCAGUAUAGCACAGGUAGUAUGGCGCUCGGAGGCUACGCCGGCAGUUUUGCAC